CUUACAUUGGUCCACAAUUUCCGGGAUACCACAUUCGCGUCUGGUCUGUUUUCUUGUAACGGGCGUGCGCUUUUUGCACCGUUUUUUGAACUAACAAUGAAUCGGAUUUUCGGAAGGAGUAAACCGAAGGACCCUGCCCCAAAUUUGUCGGACUGCAUCGGAAAUGUGGAGGCUAGGUCUGAAUCCAUUGACAAAAAAAUUGCCCGACUUGACUCUGAACUAGUGAAGUUCAAAGAUCAAAUGAAAAAGAUGAGAGACGGUCCAGCCAAGAACACUGUCAAGCAGAAAGCGUUGCGAGUGCUGAAGCAGAAGCGAAUGUAUGAAGGCCAAAGAGAUCAACUUGCACAGCAAUCUUUCAAUAUGGAACAAGCGAACUACACCAUUCAAACAUUGAAAGACACAAAAACAACAGUGGAUGCCAUGAAGCUUGGAGCAAAAGAAAUGAAAAGGGCGUACAAGCAAGUGAAAAUGGAUGAAAUUGAGGACUUACAGGACCAACUGGAGGACAUGAUGGAGGAUGCCAAUGAGGUCCAGGACGCUAUGAGCCGCAGCUAUGGCAUGCCAGAGAUAGACGAGGAUGACCUGGAAGCAGAGUUGGAUGCCCUUGGAGAUGAGUUACUGUUAGACGAUGAUAGCACGUACCUGGACGAAGCAUCCUCGGCACCCUCCAUUCCCGAGGGCAUGCCAAGUGAAAGCAAAACCAACAAGGAUGGUGUGCUGGUUGAUGAGUUUGGUCUACCACAAAUCCCUGCAACAUAAAAGUGGGUUAUUUAACACAAAUUGUGUAUGUAAAUAUCUGUAUAGUAAUUUGAUAAUGAAAUGGCAUGAUCAUGUGACUGGCUAAACAUAUGUCAGGAAGGUGCAGAUUGUUAUGCUAGCAUGUCGUCUCAUAGGCUACAUGUACUGUAUAUGGUCCGUGUGGAGUAUCUCCUCAGGAUUGAUGUGGUUCAUAUCAUGAAUUCAUUGUGCAAGUGUUAUCUUUUAUCCUCAGUUCCAUGUUCCAUGAACGUUUGACUGUGUAGAAUGACAAUAAAACGCAAAAACCUGCA